AUUUUGCAUCCAUUGGAAUUUCGCUCUUAGAAAAGACAAAGGUAGCACCAAGAGGCACAAUGACUUUCGAAGGCACUCUUUUCAUCUUUACUAUCAUUUUUUAUUAACCGCGUUAAAGUAGAAAUAAUACACACCCACAAGCCUUUCAAACAUGUACACUCCCGUUUUAAGAAGACUCGUUGCGCUCGGCGGUGGCCAGGCCAUGCGCGCGUUCAGCAGCUCGGCAGCAGUGUCCGAAGCUAUCAAGCGCAUAACGGUGGUGGGCGGCGGCCAGAUGGGUGCCGGUAUUGCGCAGGUGGCAGCCACAUUCGACCACCAAGUGACCCUGGUCGACGUCAGCCCCGAGGCAUUGGAGCGCGGUCGCCAGUACAUGGGCAAGUCCCUGGGCCGCGUGGCCAAGAAGAAGUUCCCAGAGGAUCCCGCGCAACAGACCAACUGGGUCGAUUCGAUCCUGGGCCGCAUCCAGGGCUCGACCGAGCUGUCCAAGGGUGUUUCCCAGGCCGACCUCGUCGUCGAGGCCAUUGUCGAGAACAUCAACGUAAAGCAGCGCUUGUUCGCGGAUGUCGCGCAGACUGCCCCCGCCGACUGCAUUCUGGCCAGUAACACCAGCUCGCUGCCCAUCGGUCGUAUUUUCGAGAAUGUCAGUGCCGAGCGCAGAGCGCUGGCCGUCGGCUUGCACUUCUUCAACCCCGUUGCACAGAUGAAGCUGGUCGAGGUUGUGCGCACAGGGGAGAACAGUGAGGAGACUGUGCAGAAGGCGUUGGACUUUGUGCGUGCCAUUGGCAAGUCGCCGGCGGUGUGCCAGGACACCCCCGGGUUCAUCGUCAACCGUCUGCUGCUGCCCUACAUGAUGGAGGCCAUCCGCCUGCUGGAGCGCGGUGUCGCUGACUCGCGCGACAUUGACACGGCGAUGAAGCUGGGCGCUGGGUACCCCAUGGGCCCCUUUGAGCUGGCGGACUACGUCGGCUUGGACACCGUCAAGGCUAUUGUCGAUGGCUGGUACACCGAUGGCGAGGGCCUCAAGGGCGACUCGUUGUUUAUGCCCAGCCCCAAGCUCAACGAGCUGGUGGCUGCCGGCCAUUUGGGCGUCAAGUCCGGCCAGGGUUUCUACAACUACAAAAAGUAAACUAAAAUCAGCCGCUCAGUUUUUUCUCCCAAAUAUUUAAUUAAUCGAUC